AUGGCGUUAUAUCUCCAACUUAUCCAGCCUUUAUUAGCUGCUCUCAACAACGACACCAACCCUCUCUUCACAGGAGGUGCUUCUAAUAUGUCGAACGCUACCCAAAAUGCCACCAUCUCAUCGACUCCUACACCAUUCGCCAUCCCGACUGAUAUCUCUUCCCUACUCAACUUGAUCUACUCCUUCGCCGCUCUUCGCGACUGGUUUAAGCUUGCUUUGAUUGGUCUCGCGCUUGAAGCUUGUCGCAGACUGUAUACGUAUGGCUACUCGAGUUUCAUCGACCAAUUCUUUAUCUCUGCCUCAUUCGAGAGCGAUGACAUCGUUUAUGAUUGGAUGCUCCUAUGGCUUUCCCGGCUUCCACAGUGGCGCGACGUCCGCGAGUUCACCGUCAGCACCUCGUCUUUCGGUAUCAGCGAAGACGAGCAGGAAGACGACGAUGAGGAUGGCGAGGCUGCGGUGCGAAGGCGCAAGACGCGAAAAGUCAAGUGUAUACCUUCCUACACUGCCACCUACAAACUUUGGUACAAGGGUCGCUGGAUGAGCGUAUCCAGGGUCAAGGACGACCAGAAAUGGGGGUGGCAGGAAAAAUCGACACUUCAUAUCACUAUCUUGGCUAGGAAGCGUGCAGCGCUGGAUGCCUUGAUCGAAGAAGCUAGGGCCCUUUAUAUGGCUUCUCGCAGCGACAAAAUCGACAUAUUUGCGAACAGCACUGGCGACUGGUCGCAUGUUGCCUCCCGUCCUAAGCGUCCCUUGGAAUCUAUCAUUCUCGAUGCCGGCGUUAAAGAGCUCGUCCUCGAUGACGCAAGGGACUUUAUGCAGAGCAAGAAAUGGUACGGCGCACGAGGCAUUCCCUUCCGUCGCGGAUAUCUACUCUAUGGACCCCCAGGAUCAGGGAAAACUUCCAUCGUCCACAGCUUGGCAGGCGAGCUCGAGCUCGAUAUCUACAUUAUCUCGCUCAGUAAAUCCGGCAUGGACGACAGCACGCUCAACAGCCUCAUCUCCGGCCUGCCUGAGCACUGCAUCGCCCUCAUGGAAGACAUCGACGCCGCCUUCACCACCAGUCUCAAUCGCGGUGGUAUGGAAGAUCCUGAAAAAUCGCCCUCCGAUCCUCGGGAUCCCAACUCUCCAGACCCUUCUAAUAAUAACGGCCAGAACGGUCAGAAACAGGAAGAAAAGGCUGGGCCGAGUGCGGGCUCCAAGAUCACUCUUUCUGGUCUCCUGAAUGCUCUCGAUGGUGUCAGUGCCCAAGAGGGUAGGCUCCUCUUCGCUACCACCAACCGGUACGACGUCCUAGAUCCCGCCCUUACUCGCCCCGGACGAAUGGACCUGCACGUCGAGUUUCAACUUGCGAGUCGUUUCCAGGCUCAAGAGAUGUUCCGUCGAUUCUACGUCCCAGAUAACGGGAGCUCCGAUGUCGCUGUUGAGGAGGACGAGCAAACCGAGAAGGAGAGCGUCGACUCUGGUUACGCGACGCCGUCGGAGAAGGGCAGCCCGAAGACUGUUCCCACCGCCCAGCUCGUCGAUGUCUCUGCUCCUUCGGAACCUCUCUCCCCUGUUCCGUCCGUGUCGGUCUCUCCGCUUCCAAAACCCGCCCCAGUCAUCCAAUCCGGUGGGGCUCCUCAGUACCAGGGUAUCCGACACUCCGCGCGUGCCCCGAAGCUUUCGAGGAAACAGGUGGAGCGUCUGGCUGCGGAGUUCGCUUCGAGGAUCCCUGAGCGUGAGCUGGCUAUGGCGAACCUGCAGGGAUAUCUCAUGAAGUAUAAGAUUCGUCCUCUGGAGGCGGUUGACGACAUCGAGGGAUGGGUGGAGGAGAAGCGGGAGGCGAAGAGGCGGAAGGAAGCUAAGAAGGCUACUGGGAGUGUGGUGGCUCCUGUGAAGGCUGAGGCGACGUCGGAGUAG